GCCCAUCUUACUGUUACCGGUAAUCGGCUCCACACACAAACUCGAUGCCCCUUGACCUGAUAGCAUCCAAGACGACGGCAACCGACGCCGACGACGGAUUCAACUACGUCCUGCAUGCAGUCACACCCACGCAGCUACGAAUCCUACGGCCAUCGAUCCUCAAGCUUUGGAACUUCGAAGCCAACACGGCAGCUCCAUUGAGCAUGGAAGAGCUAAUGGAGUGGGCGGAUGCUGGUGAGUUUGCCGUGGCCAUUCGUUUGCAUGGCACUGCUGCCUCCUAUUGCACCGAAGAUGAAGCAUUGCUAGCAGUCGUCGAAUCCACCAAUUCAAUGACAUCCGACGACCUGGUCGCCAAGGUAGUUGGCACCGUGCGCCAUGUGUCAGUUUACCGCACCAAGCACACGACGGAAUUGCUCAUGCACAUUGGAUGCCCGUCGUUUCUAUGGGAUCGGUCGAGCCGGAAUCGCGAUGGCGCCGUCGCGCAAGGCUACUUUCAUGUGCCGUCCAAGUCCUUCCAGCCCGCUUCCCUUGGCCAGCGCCUUCCCCGCAUCGAGGCAGGCAAGGACAUUGUCACGUACUUGAGCACUGCGUUCGUCGCCCCAGAAGUAGAAGGCACCGGUCUGCGCCACCACUUGUCGUACGGCAAACUGGCUCGCAACAUGCCCAAUUACCGGCACGCUGCUCGGCUUGGCCAUCGCAUCUUCCUCACCACCACGCUGUACGACCACCGAACCAACGGGUUGAAGUUCGCCCACCCGUUCUUGCAAUUGGUGGCCAAAUUGGCUCGAGACAUCGGCAUUGAGCUCGGCCUCGGCGCCGCCAUCUCGUUCAAUGUCGUUCACUGGUCGGUCCAGUCUUGUUGGCAGGAAGAUGCUACUGUUGUCAUGGCGUGCAUUGAUCCAAUGGAUGGCUUCGACGUCGACUCGAGCUACAUGUACACAAGCCCGCGGGCGUCGUCCAUCUCCAACUUGGCGCGGGACUCGUCCCACAACUACACGAUGCGGCCCAGAGCGCAAACGCAUUACCAAAGUACCACGUGGUGGAACUGGCCCAAAAGAGUUGUGCAGUCCAUGAUGCAGUCUAAGAGGAGGGGCAGUGUCGUCGAUCGAUCAAGUCGGGUCUACUAGGACUACCGGUAGUUUGCUCCAUGUCUGUCUCGUAAUAUAAAUAGUUAAGUAGUGGUAUUAGUCA